CUUCCUCGGCGGCGGCGGCGCAGGCGCAGCGGCGACAAGACCAAGGCGAAAUGACGAAGGGUACGGGCAGCUUCGGUAAGCGCCGGAACAAGACCCACACGCUGUGCAUCCGGUGCGGCCGCCGCAGCUUCCACCUGCAGAAGAGCACCUGCUCCUCGUGCGGCUACCCCGCGGCCCGCAUCCGCAAGUACAACUGGAGUGUGAAGGCCAUCAGGAGGAAGACCACCGGCACCGGGAGGAUGAGGUACAUGCGCCAUGUGCCCAGGAGGUUCAAGAGCAACUUCAGAGAGGGAACUGAGGCCGCACCAAGGAGCAAGGGAGCUUCGUCCAGCGGCAACUAGGAGCGCAGUGUCCACUUGUUAGGCGAAUCGUGGUCCUGAUAAUCAAAGUUAGCUGUUUUGCUGCUUUUCUUUUGUACUGGAGAAUUCUAUGGUUAUGUGUCCAGAGGCAGACGAUGUCACCUGGUUUCAUGUUAUUUGCACUAUUCUCGUGGACGUUAAUCCUUCAGUUUUGGAUGUUGAAUUUCUCGGUCUUCUGUGUU